AUGGUCCUGCGCAAACGAGCUCCUCCGCACCUUCACAACCUCAGUCAAGGGAAUGCCCGCUUCGCAUCGCGCUCUUUGAUUUCACGAUCCUCCCCCACGUCCUUUUCAGUCUCAUCGCCAUCUCCCAAAUACCUAACACGUCCGAGUAGAGCUCAGAGCUCCCCCCAUCCCCGCCGCAUUCCAUCGCAGGAAUCGAUCUUCUCCCCCGAUCUGAAUACAUCACCAGCAUUCGACCUGAUGUCCCUGGAGCAAGCGCAAAGGUCCCCGAUUCGGACCUCGUCCACGGACACACCGAAUCCUUGGGCGGAUGAGCUGGUGGAGAAUCCGAGCCAGAGCCCUCGCGACAACGUCGACCAUACCCACCAACCAGUCAUGAACAAUGCUAUUCGAGAGGGAGACGCCGCCGAUAAUAGGAGAGGAGAUCGUGUACCUUCUAUCGUGCUUGCUGGUACUCAACGACGGAUGGCCGCAAAUGAAUCGCAGCCGAAUCAAGGGGGCGCAGACACCUCCGACUGGGAGUAUUUGAGUCCUGAGCAUGUCCAGCUACAGUCGAAUAACCCAUUUUUGAAGGCUUCUCAGCAGGAUAGCAACGCGUGGAAGGACAGAGACUCCCGCGCGUCGUCAGGAGAAAGAGAUGAUGCAAGCGGAAGAUUAGGUCAAGACGAGGGUUAUAUUCCCAUGACAGCGCGUUUAUCCCUCUUCGACCAACAGAUAGAUGCCGAAUCUCCAUGGGUUAAUGAGCCCAGUUCACAACGCUCUCAAGGUAUAGGGAUGAGCAGCCAACAAACAGGUGUCACAACUAUGGAACCUCCGGGACCCCAAGCUCCAUUUGAUGGAGGCGAAAACGCACGACUCCAAUCUCUUCAAAAACCGUUACCCCCCCAGCCUCGAGCAAGCACGCCAGGAACCGUGUCUACAGCGACCACUGGAUCAUCACAUGUCCUGAUCGACUUUGAUGACCCUCCCAACCUAGAAUUGGGCCGCGAUUUGAGGACCGCCACUGCGCCACCUGCUGGCGCGUCCGCGUUACACAACGUUCAGUCGGAUGGAGCCACGUCCUUGUGGGAAUCGGACCACGCAGCCGAGUCUGCUACCUAUCCGCCUUCUCAAAGCGCACCAAUCUCCGAUGAAGAGACGAAACAGCAAGCAGAUAAACGGUCAGAAACGUACUCGAUUAGACACAUCAGUUGGAAAGAUACUACAGGGACUUUACGUGAAUCCCCUAUGCUAAUUCAGAACAAAAAUGGGCCAUGUCCACUUUUGGCGCUGGUUAAUGCCCUCGUCCUCCGCGCAGCAGGGCAAUCCUCACAUCCACCAAUUGUAAGGGCAUUGCGUACAAGGGAACAGAUUUCAUUAGGCUUGCUGAUCGAGGCUCUAUUUGACGAAUUGACUACGCGUCUCGGGCCUGAUGACGAACUCCCUGACAUCGAAGCGCUUAGCCGAUUUUUGACCAUGUUACACACGGGCAUGAACGUCAAUCCCCGACUGACUCUAGAAUCAAAUGAUAUGCCUGGAACGUUCCGUCAAACUGAGGAUAUCAAAUUUUAUAGUACAUUCGGCGUACCCCUUGUGCAUGGGUGGAUUGCACCCCCAUCCACGGACGCCAGCUCGGCAUUGGAGCGAAUUGGUCAAUAUCAUGAAGACAUACAGCUACUCCCGUUCCGUAAACAGGAGCUAGAGGACCGGGUCUUCCAGGGGGCGGCACUGAGCACGGAAGAGGAGAGAGUCAUGGGGGAUAUUCAUGCGAUUCAACAAUUUGCAGAUGUGGACAACGCGACGCAGCUAAGCACUUUUGGCCUCGACCAGUUGUCAAAGACGCUUCAGCCAGGGUCAUUCUCGAUUCUAUUCCGCAACGAUCAUUUCUCUACCAUUUACAAGCACCCACUUCUCCAGACGCUUUUCACCCUCGUUACCGAUGCCGGUUAUUCCAACCACGCUGAAGUUGUUUGGGAAAGUCUCGUUGACGUGACUGGAAGUAACGCAGGCUUUUACGCCGGCGACUUCCGAGUCGUCAGCCAUCAUACUCCUCAGAGCUCUGAUCCGGCCGGUCCACGGACAUCAAGCCGUGACGCUCCAAGGCAUACCGCAAGCUCACUCUCUGCCCAAGAGCAAGCAGACGCGGAUUAUGCGUAUGCGCUUUCCCUGCAGUACCAGGAAGAAGAACAGCGACAGCCGGCUGCUACGCAUGGACGCUCUCAAAGUGCAGCCAAUCUAGGCACUGGGACAAGUUCCUCUACAGCUGAGCGUUCGUCGCGACAGCGACAAUCUUACGCCAACCAUUCCCAACCCCAUAUCCGACCGACACAUCAUGAUGACGAUGCCCCGCCCCCGUCGUACGAACAGGCGGCCAAAAGCCCGGCCUACUCACCCCCUCAACGAAGCCCUAACGUCUUGGAUGCCCCUCCACGAAGCCCGUACCCAAGAAAUCAGAACCAGUAUGGCAGGUAUCCGGAGCGAACUAGGGACAGAAACAAAGACUGUAUAGUCAUGUAG